AUGAUACGUUUUCCACCUUUAAGCGUGGAUUUAGCUUGCCGCCGGGUGAGCGUGGCACCAUCAGAAGAAUUAGACUCUGCUUUAGCUUGCCGCCGGGUGAGCGUGGCAUUAUCAGAAGAAUUAGACUCUGCUUUAGCUUGCUGCCGGGUGAGCGUGGCAUCAUCAGAAGAAUUAGACUCUGCUUUAGCUUGCCGCCGGGUGAGCGUGGUAUCAUCAGAAGAAUUAGACUCUGCUUUAGCUUGCCGCCGGGUGAGCGUGGCACCAUCAGAAGAAUUAGACUCUGCUUUAGCUUGCCGCCGGGUGAGCGUGGCAUCAUCAGAAGAAUUGGACUCUGCUUUAGCUUGCCGCCGGGUGAGCGUGACACCAUCAGAAGAAUUAGACUCUGCUUUAACUUGCCGCCGGGUGAGCGUGGCAUCAUCAGAAGAAUUAGAUUCUGCUUUAGCUUGCCGCCGGGUGAGCGUGACAUCAUCAGAAGAAUUAGACUCUGCUUUAGCUUGCCGCCGGGUGAGCGUGGCAUCAUCAGAAGAAUUAGACUCUGCUUUAGCUUGCUGCCGGGUGAGCGUGGCAUCAUCAGAAGAAUUAGACUCUGCUUUAGCUUGCCGCCGGGUGAGCGUGGCAUCAUCAGAAGAAUUAGACUCUGCUUUAGCUUGCCGCCGGGUGAGCGUGGCACCAUCAGAAGAAUUAGACUCUGCUUUAGCUUGCCGCCGGGUGAGCGUGGCAUCAUCAGAAGAAUUAGACUCUGCUUUAGCUUGCCGCCGGGUGAGCGUGGCACCAUCAGAAGAAUUAGACUCUGCUUUAGCUUGCCGCCGGGUGAGCGUGGCACCAUCAGAAGAAUUAGACUCUGCUUUAGCUUGCCGCCGGGUGAGCGUGGCAACAUCAGAAGAAUUAGACUCUGCUUUAGCUUGCCGCCGGGUGAGCGUGGUAUCAUCAGAAGAAUUAGACUCUGCUUUAGCUUGCCGCCGGGUGAGCGUGGCACCAUCAGAAGUAUUAGACUCUGCUUUGGCUUGCCGCCGGGUGAGCGUGACACCAUCAGAAAAAUUAGACUCUGCUUUAGCUUGCCGCCGGGUGAGCGUGGCAUCAUCAGAAGAAUUAGACUCUGCUUUAGCUUGCCGCCGGGUGAGCGUGGCACCAUCAGAAGAAUUAGACUCUGCUUUAGCUUGCCGCCGGGUGAGCGUGGCAACAUCAGAAGAAUUAGACUCUGCUUUAGCUUGCCGCCGGGUGAGCGUGGUACCAUCAGAAGAAUUAGACUCUGCUUUAGCUUGCCGCCGGGUGAGCGUGGCAUCAUCAGAAAAAUUAGACUCUGCUUUAGCUUGCCGCCGGGUGAGCGUGGCAUCAUCAGAAGAAUUAGACUCUGCUUUAGCUUGCCGCCGGGUGAGCGUGGCAACAUCAGAAGAAUUAGACUCUGCUUUAGCUUGCCGCCGGGUGAGCGUGACACCAUCAGAAAAAUUGGACUCUGCUUUAGCUUGCCGCCGGGUGAGCGUGGCAACAUCAGAAGAAUUAGACUCUGCUUUAGCUUGCCGCCGGGUUAGCGUGGCAUCAUCAGAAGAAUUAGACUCUGCUUUAGCUUGCCGCCGGGUGAGCGUGACAUCAUCAGAAGAAUUAGACUCUGCUUUAGCUUGCCGCCGGGUGAGCGUGACAUCAUCAGAAGAAUUAGACUCUGCUUUAGCUUGCCGCCGGGUGAGCGUGAAAACAUCAGAAAAAUUAGAAUCUGCUUUAGCUUGCCGCCGGGUGAGCGUGACAUCAUCAGAAGAAUUAGACUCUGCUUUAGCUUGCCGCUGGGUUAGCGUGGCACCAUCAGAAGUAUUAGACUCUGCUUUAGCUUGCCGCCGGGUGAGCGUGGCAUCAUCAGAAGAAUUAGACUCUGCUUUAGCUUGCUGCCGGGUGAGCGUGGCAUCAUCAGAAGAAUUAGACUCUGCUUUAGCUCGCCGCCGGGUGAGCGUGGCAUCAUCAGAAGAAUUAGACUCUGCUUUAGCUUGCCGCCGGGUGAGCGUGGCAUCAUCAGAAGAAUUAGACUCUGCUUUAGCUUGCCGCCGGGUGAGCGUGGCAUCAUCAGAAGAAUUAGACUCUGCUUUAGCUUGCUGCCGGGUGAGCGGCGAGCCAGCUCAAUAA